UCUGCUGACCCAGUUCGCGAGUGUCACCGGACUGCAAGGUAUCGAGUUGUUGAGUGUACGGGAACGUCGCCAUGGACACAGCACGACCAGUGUCUUCCUCUCUUGUGGUGACGGUCUGGUGUCUGUUUGCCGCGGUAUCGUUGUCAUACGCAGACAUCUUGAGUGGCGUGCAGCUGGUUACAGACUUCAGCAAUAACCUCGUGCCUAAACUGUUCCAGGCCUUAGCACCGGGGCGAGAGAACCUGGUAGUUGCUCCAUUUGGCCUCGCUACGAAUAUCGCCAUGUUGCUAGAGGCUGCAAAUGGAGACACGGCCAAAGAAAUUCUCAAAGCAGUCAAUAUCUCACCAAACUCCAUCCCUGAUCUGCGAACUGGCUUCAAAGCCUACUGCGACACGUUUGAGGCAGCUGCAGAAAACCAGGAAGCGGCUGGUUCUUUCAACAUGGCGCUGAUGGCAAGUUCGCAGCCUUUGUUACCAUCUUACAGAGCCAUCUUGAACAAGUACUACCGUGCGAACAUCACGCAUUCCUCGAAAUUGGACAACAUCUCAGUAAAGACGCCUGCGGAUGCUGCCGGGGCACGUCCUGCUGCGAUAAGUCUCGAACUGAGGAGCGAUUCUGGAGUAAUGAGCCACUGGAAGGACUAUGAUCGACUGGCUGCUUUCUCCUUUCUGUCGCAUGAGGCGUCAGCUCCGUUCCAGCGCACACCCACAGACACUGUGCGCGUGCCAAUGGUGCCGCAGGUUGGCGAGUUCCGCGCGGGAAGAAUUUCCCAGCUGAAUGCCCAUGCCGUGGAAAUCCCCUUGGAAGUGGGCAUGGUGACCUUGCUACUGGUGGUGCCUGACUCGGCUGAUAACCUGGAUGAACUUCUGGUGAAGCUGCCAGGAGUGUCUCUGCAGCAGCUGGUGCAGGAGUGGCUGCCCCGCUCUGAUACCACUGUCUCUCUACCGCAACUCACCAUCGUCAGCAGCGCCAUUGACGUCACGCCCUUCCUCCGCCAACUUGGCAUCCGUUUAGUCUUCAAUGCCACGGCUGCGGACCUGAGCGUGGCCACAACGGCGCCGGUCGUCCACGUCAAGUCUGUCACUCAAGACGCCUUCUUUUCUACGUCAUUCGUAUCCGUGAAUUCCGUCGGUUCUCUGUCUACGAACCUAGGUAAGUGCUUUCGCACUGAGCCAUCGACGGUUAAAUUUCUGAUUGGUGUUGGGAAAAUUACAGCGCAAUCACAGAGAAGGAAG